UUCAAAAGCAAUUGCCUCAGCAAGCGGUUGCUUUUUGAAAUAUCAAGCCACUUUACUCAACUAAAAUAUUGAAAGUUUCGUUUUCAUUUCAUUAGCUUUCAUAACAAAAACCUUAACACACACCAUUCGAGAUAGGUGUUCAUAUUUUCGGCAUACUUUAUUCGAGUUAUGAAACGCAAACGAAAUUUAAGCCGCAAAAAAAAAACUGAGACUUCAGAAAUGGACACAAACAAUCAUAUGAACCACCACAUGAACGCAAUGAAUAUGCAAAUGCGCUCGAUGAACCGUUUGAUGAACUCGUUUAUGCCGGACCCUUUCAAUAUGCUGGGUCCAUCGCCAUUCGAUUCGGGUUUCCAGCAGGGAGCCUUGAUGGAGCGCAGUCAACAGGCAAUGGCUCCCAUGGGCGGCGGUUUAUUUGGCUUUCCAGCCAUGCCCAAUUUUAAUCGUUUGCUCAAUGCCGAUAUUGGGGCAAAUAAUGGCUCCUCGUUUUGCCAAAGCACAGUGAUGACCAUGUCCUCGGGUCCAGAUGGACGUCCACAGAUCUAUCAGGCUAGCACCAGUACCAAAACCGGACCUGGUGGUGUCCGCGAGACACGCAAGACCGUUCAAGAUUCACGUUCGGGCCUAAAAAAGAUGGCCAUAGGUCAUCACAUUGGCGAACGUGCACACAUCAUCGAAAAGGAACAGGAUUUGCGGUCCGGCCAGCUGGAGGAGCGUCAGGAGUUCAUCAAUUUGGACGAAGAGGAGGCCGAACAAUUCGACCGCGAAUUCACAUCACGCGCAACACGAGGCAUCAUGCCACAUGGUAGUGGUCACAGUGGCUUGCACGCCAUACGCGGCGCUCGCCCAGCUGCCGGUGGCUCAACAGUUACCAUUGAACCACUUGACGAUGAUGACGACGAUGAUUGUGUGAUCCAAGAGCCGACGCGAACCGGCCGUCAAUUGCCCGCUUUGCCCGCGCCACCGACGGCACCGCACAGCAGCAACAACAGCGAAACAGCAACAGCAGCGACAACUUCGCCACGUAGCGACGCUCCAGCAACAACGUCAGGAUCCUCGCCCCCAACCUAUGACGUAACUAACAACAAUUAUUUGGGCGUCGGAAAUACGUCAGCAUCGCGUCGCGCCUAUAUGCGCAACGGUCAGCAUUUGGCCACGCCCCGUCGACCGCUACGUACGCCUUCGUCGUCACCACUGGCCACUGUAUCGAGCGCUAGUCACAGCAUCGCCGGCACGCCAAGAGAUUGGCGUUUAUACAAUUCACGUUUCUAUCGCAAAUAGAGAUAUCUAUACGCAUAAUAUAUGAUCCAUAAAUUAUAAUCAACUUAUACACAAAUAUUUAACACACACAACUUAAUUGAAUGAGACGCGUUACGUGCAACGUUGCGACGUAAUCACAACCACCUACUAACCAGUAACGGCGUUUGGCGACGACGCUCCAACUCGCUAUUUAUCUGUAUCGCUCGCUGUGCUCCGUCAUGAAAAUCAUCGCUGCGACGCUACGCAUCAUCUACGUUACGCAUCUCUGCAACGUCACACACACACGUUGUUACGUGCCACCACAUGUUAC